CCUCAUCGACAGCUUUAGAUGUAAGUGGAGCAAUAUUUGCUUAUACUGAUGCGGUCCCGAGAAAUGCGUCGCCUCUCCCUCAUUUCGAAGAUGGGACAAGGCGCCUUUGUGGGCGUAUCUUCGGCGACGCGAGUUUGGGACUCCAUUUGUCUGGGAUCUUUUCUGUGUUGUCGGUCGGUAUCGUGUAUCGCGGUCGUCAAUCCUACCUAUCUUUACAGUCAUACGCGCCUUCAAGAUGCUCUCAUCGGGGUUUACGCGAUUUUCUGUCCCCAAUUAGGAUCCGCGAUUUGACCCUGUCUCUGACCUCAUGUUCAAGGUAACGUCGGAUCAGACUCAUUAAGGGUUACUUAUAGGGGAUCGGAACGUGAUAUCCUCGAUACCGUCUGCGGAACCGAGGCUACUUAAACACGAAUACUCCUCGCCGAAAUGGUUUGUUACAUCUCCCCUCCUACGGCCAACAUCACCAAGCAUGGUGUCUACUCAAAUGCCCGCUGCUCUUACCGAGAUGUCUACAUAUUUUGCCUUUACCAACCUACCACCUGAGCUUCAGCUUCGAGUCUCCACAUACCUCUCCCGCCGCGACCUUCACAGCCUCUCCCGAACCUCACACUAUCUCUUCUCUCUCACCUCCCGCGACCUCCUCAUCGCAGAUCUGCAACACCACCGCUCCAACCACACUCUCCUCUGCUGCCUCAAGUACCCGCUCCCCACACCCGCUCCUACUCCUAUUCCGGCUUCCCUGGCACGCCCGACACCCGCUCCAUACAUCUACCCAAAACGCUCCCGUGCCCUCCAAAUCGAACAAGCCCCAGGUCCAUUCCUCAUCCGACACAUCGAAAUCGGCACAUCCCGUGAUCCCUCGCGUCCCGGGCCCAUCAAACUUCAUACCUACAGACCCGUCUUUUUCCGUCCAGACGCGAACGAAAGACCGCUCGAUAUUCGUAUUGACCUCUCUGCCGUAUCGCUAGUGCGUCAAAAUCCCAAGGAGGCGUUAAUCGGCACAGGAACGGUCAUAGGGCCUGUAAUCGGGGCAGCAGGGGCUGUACCUGCACUGGGCGUAGCAGCUGGAGCUGGCGAUGCCAACGAUAUAGGGGGAGACUGGUUUGUGGAUGCGUCGCGACGGCGUGACGCCACGCGUGAUGAAAUCAUUGAAUAUGGCGCUGGUGUUUGUGCAGCUGGAAAGCUCGCGUUGCUCACGGCGAGGAUGUUGCGCGCGAGUUAUACAUGCCCUGAGUGUCGCGGGGCGAGGUUUCUCAAACGGCCUGCGGAACGGGAUAUGUUCCUUUUGAGGUACGUUCGUUUACUCAUCCCCAUCCCCCCCUGCCUUACCAUCUCGCUGUUCAAUGUGGCUCCCUUCAUCCUGGAACGCUCUGUUUCAGCUGACAUCGUAUGGCGCCACUUUGGCUGUAGGUGGCCCGAACUGGAUUGUACGGGCGUCGUGGAUAUGCCCUGUCCUUGCUGUGUGGGCUAUGAUUAUGCGGCAGAGGCAUGCGAUUAUAAUAAUAGCGAAGAUGAGUGGCCCUCGAUGGGUGCGCAGGUCCAGGCGAUUGUUAGCAUCAUCAGGAAGGCGCUGUGA